CAGUUUUGGCAUCAUGAUAAAGGGUAUUUGGGUUCUUGCUGGAGUUUUAGUUUUGACGGGCUUGGGAGAGAGUAUCUUUGAAACCAAAAGUAUUUUCGCUGGCCCAUAAAAAGAUGUAUUUGUUAACACGCCCUUAUUUUAUUCACAUUAUGUUCUAUGUUGUGAUAGAUAGAGUAUCUUUUAAGACAAAUUGCCUUGUUUAUUUCCCCAGUUUUUGUGUAAUACACGGUAUAGAACCCUUCGAGUGCCGAAAAAACCAACCCCAUAUCACGCAUUUUUCUUCUGUUGUGUUUUUCUCCUUUUUGGACUUGUGUUCAGCAAUCAAUGAUAAUUUUCCCAUUACUCAUGUAAGAUGCUUCAGUUUUCCGCCCCCACCCGCCUAUCAAUAGCUCCACCUCUGUCGCUCCAUCAUGCCCUCCCUGUCUUUCGCCUUUAAUUUGAAAGUCUGGCCGAUGCUAUCGCAUGCCGCAUGUAGUUUCUUCCUGCGCUUCCCGUGCACUACAUGUUUCACCAGCCCCGCAAAUCAUGAGUCAAACCCCAAGUCCCAGCCCAGCCUUAUGGGCAUGGAAUUCAGUUUUUGAUCGAGCAAACAACAGACUCCGGAAGGUUCUUUGUGCCAGUUCGAUUUGAAUUUUCGGUAGCUGCUGCUGACACGACGGCAGUGCGGUAAAAAAUAUAUAUAUUUAUAAGAAUAGUCCAUAGAAGGCGGCUCAAUCUGGGAAAGUUGCCUGCUCUGACACCUUGACGUUUGGCAAAUUGAAAGUUUGAACCCCACUACCUGGCCAGAAUGCGCUCCUUGUGGCUUCUACUUCUACUGGCUUUCGUUGGCUGGGGCCCAGGGGCUUCAGCGUUGCGUUGCUACAAAUGUGAGGACUGCGAUGAAAAUACGCAGCUAAGUGACAUGGAUGUGUGUGAAGGUCCACUGAUGAGCGGCAAUGGACCAGGCACACCUGCCGUCUCCAGUCCGAGUCCAAGUCCUGCUCCCUCUCCAUCUCCGUCGCCAUCACCCGCUGAAUCGAAUAAUACAAAUAUUGCUCCUGGCAACUCCUCCGGUGCCGGGGAAGAGGAAGAGGACGACGAAAGCGAGGAGACAGCUACCAUAGGCAUCAUGCCAGCAGGAAAUAACCUACUCAUCAAGCCCGGAUCCGGAAUCGGUGGCAUAGCUCCUGCAGGCGGAGCACCAGCUGGAGGAGCAACUGGAGGAGCAACCGGGGGAGCAGCUGGAGGAGCAACUGGCGGAGCAACCGGGGGAGCAGCUGGAGGAGCAACUGCAGGAGGAACCGGGGCAGCAGCUGGGGCAGCAGCUGGAGGAGCAACCGGGGGAGCAGCUGGAGGAGCAACUGGCGGAGCAACCGGGGGAGCAGCUGGAGGAGCAACUGCAGGAGGAACCGGGGCAGCAGCUGGGGCAGCAGCUGGAGAUGUGGUGAGCGAAGAGGAGGAAGAGGACGAGGACGAGGAGGAGGAGCGACGCAAGCGGAGAUCGAGGGCACGACAAGUCGAUCUCGAUGUGCCAAUCGCCUUCUGCUACACAGUGAGGCUCCAACGUAACGAAUCGACGAUCACCAAGAGGGGCUGCACCACCGCCAGGAUGAGCAACCAGACGGGUGGCUGCGAGGGACUCUUCGAGAACUGGACGGUGGCCGGGUGCCAGCUGUGCCAGGACGACGGAUGCAACCAGCCCAUUGCCAAGGGAUCAGCCAGUGGAAGCAUUGGACAGCUGUGGACUCCUCUGGCACUCACGCUAAUGGCAUUUGCCAUCCGCCAUCCGAUAUAGUAGACACCAGCAGCCGCGCUGUGGACAAUCGAUAUGAUAUAUAGAAAUACAAGAUAUAUGGCCCACAAUUCGAAUUCGA